AUGUCGUCCGACUCGAACGAGGAAGCACCGACAAUGUUUUUAACACUCAAUCUCAACACCUUCAGUCUUGUCUUGGCACUCCUCGCCUUGAAUUCCUUACAAGCAACUUCUGGAUGUGUCGAACAAUGUAUAUCUGAUCACCGGGCAAUAACUUGUCCCGAACAAAAUCUCCAAGAAAUUCCCCAAUUUGAGAACUGUGAUGAGGCGAUUUCCCUCGACUUAACAAACAACCUAAUCAAAAACAUAAGCAGAACCGAUUUUGACCGUUUACCUGGACUAAACGACCAACUCUACCUGGCUGGAAAUCAUAUCCAAGAGAUCGUCAAGACAACUUUUACUUCCCUUACACUCUUGAGAUGGAAGCUUGAUCUUCAAAGAAACCAGCUGCAAAAACUUGAAAAUGGUUCAUUCUCUGGACUUGGUAGGUUAAAUGUAUUGAAUCUAGAUCACAACAGACUUACAGUGAUCCAACGUGGGGUAUUUGGGUCAGAUCUCCCCGGCCUUAAGAAGCUGAGCUUAGCGUACAACACCAUACAGGGCAUCAUCACUGGAUCCUUCGAAGGAAUGACGACAUUGGAUGAGAUAAACCUCAGAAACAAUAACAUAACCAUACUGUUGAAUAACACCUUCAAGGGUUUAAGGAAAGUACAGACGAUAGACCUCAGCCAAAAUAAGAUUCAAGUUUUGGAGAUGUCAGCCUUUCGGGAUCUUGCGAGUCUUACACAUUUAAAUCUGUCAUUUAAUGAAAUUGUGUCUGUGGCGGCCAUUCAUGAUUUGCGUGCACUAGAUGUGUUAGAUCUUCAUAACAAUUUCAUCACAAAGUUGAACUCGUUUCUGAACCUCCACUUGGUCUCCAUUAACUAUCAGUUUGAUAUCAACGUGUCAUCCAACCCACUUGACUGCGAGUGCGAGUCCAUUCAGCCACUUCUUAACUGGUACAGUGAGCAGCAGGAUGCAUCCAACGGCAGGUACAAUAAUGUAGCCAAGUGCAAUACACCAGCUCAUCUCAGAGAUAUAAAGCUCUCUAGUAAAUUAGUGAUCUGUGAUGAGACAGUUACUCUACAACCACUGGCAAAUACAACAACUUUGACAAGUGGGUACACAACUUCAUCACGUAAAGAUGCCAUGAUGAAAACAACAGACAAACCCAAGGCAUGGGUCUCUUCAGUUGUGACGGGUGUUACUGUGUGCUUCCUUAUUAUCUGCUCAGUGGUUCUCAGCUACAAAUCUUACCGAAGAUACAAACUAUUCACACAAUCCCGUCCGAUGGUGCCUGCUCAAUUGCCAAAUCCUACUUCCCUGACCACAAGACGCCUACCGUCUCUUCCAAGAUUGCCUUCCCGUGUAACCACCGGACGCUCCAUAGUGCCACAGCGUAGCGUUUCACGGCACAGUAUGCUGGCACUGUGGUCACAGGGAAGAAUAUAUUUCACGCGAGUUAGGAGCAGUUCACGUCAGUCAUUACAUCAACCAGACCGUCAUGACGUGUCCGUGACAGGUCACCUAUCAACAGCAUCAACACCAACAGGUUUUCAUACGACUUCAUCUGUAUCACCAAGAUUAUCAAAUCACAACCGCCGCCAACGAGAGUCAAACACCCAAGCCAUUCCCUCUCCUUUCUUGGAUCGAUCCCAGUCGACUACAACAAACUCUCAAAGACGUAGAUCGCAGGUAGAGAGUUACAUCACCCGGAUUUUUACAGGCAAUCACCGUAAACGGUCGCAACUGCAACCAGUGAGUCAAGACAGCUUUGCCCAAAUACCAAAUGGUGACAUGAUUCACACACGAAACAGGUGGGAUGCCAAUACUGAAAUGGAAGAUGAUAUAAACUUCUCCACUGCACCAUACAGUCGAAACCAUGAUGCUACAACACAUUGGGUGAAGCCCUCUAGGGUGCGUCCGACCUCACCAAUGGCAACAAAACAUUCAUGCAAUUCCAGUAGGUCUGUGUCGUCUGCUGCUCAUGAAAGAAGAGGUUUGAUGCCAAGACCCACCGCGAGGUCAGAGUGUGGGAACCAUGUCAAAGGAUACAGUACGCAUGUUAACCAAGAACCACAUCACAAACCAUGGCCACCAUUAGAAUCAGAUAUUAUUACCAUCCCAGACUACGCACCACCGGCACCACCAAUCGCUGGUCACUUAAUCCUGACAAACAGCUACAACAAUGUUUCCAGCAACUGCUCUGGAUUGUCGACAACUGUUGGCGAAAGAGACUGGCCAAUUGUCCCUCAGAGACCCUCCCAGAUUAACUCUGUCAAGCAGACGAAAAGGGCAUGGCUGCAAGAGAACAAUUCUGACCACAGGUCAAUAACUAGCCAUAAUGCCACCUCAAUUGACCAGCCACCGCCACCAUCAAUGGCUGGUCACUUAGACCCGACAAACAGCUACAGUAAUGUUUCCAGUAACUGCUCUGGAUUGUCGACAACUGUUGGCGAAAGAGACUGGCCAACUGUCCCUCAGAGACCCUCCCAGAUUAACUCUGUCAGGCAGACGAAAAGGGCAUGGCUGCAAGAGGACAAUUCUGACUUUAGGUCAAUAACUUGCCAUAAUGCCACCUCAACUGACCAGCCACCGCCACCAUCAAUGGCUGGUCACUUAGACCCGACAAACAGCUACAGUAAUGUUUCCAGUAACUGCUCUGGAUUGUCGACAACUGUUGGCGAAAGAGACUGGCCAACUGUCCCUCAGAGACCCUCCCAGAUUAACUCUGUCAAGCAGACGAAAAGGGCAUGGCUGCAAGAGAACAAUUCUGACCACAGGUCAAUAACUAGCCAUAAUGCCACCUCAAUUGACCAGCCACCGCCACCAUCAAUGGCUGGUCACUUAAACCCGACAAACAGCUACAGUAAUGUUUCCAGUAACUGCUCUGAAUUGUCGACAUCUGUUGGCGAAAGAGACUGGCCAACUGUCCCUCAGAGACCCUCCCAGAUUAACUCUGUCAAGCAGACGAAAAGGGCAUGGCUGCAAGAGAACAAUUCUGACCACAGGUCAAUAACUGGCCAUAAUGCCACCUCAAUUGACCAGCCACCGCCACCAUCAAUGGCUGGUCACUUAAACCCGACAAACAGCUACAGUAAUGUUUCCAGUAACUGCUCUGAAUUGUCGACAACUGUUGGCAAAAGAGACUGCCCAACUGUCCCUCAGAGACCCUCACAGAUUAACUCUGUCAAGCAGACGAAAAGGGCAUGGCUGCAAGAGAAUAACUCUGACCCUAGGUCAUUAACUUGCCAUGGUGCCAGCUCAACUGACCAGCCACUAGUACCAUCAAUGGCAGGUCAUUCAUUAUUCUCAACUUCUUGCUCUCUGAACUUGUCUCAGAACCACCUACCCUCGCACCGUGGAAAUAUCAGUUCUGGGUUCUCCAGGCUUGACGCCACAACAAGUUCAAGUGUUGAACAGUACAUGAAUACGAAUGACACUGAUGCCCUCUCUCGAUCCACAAGUUCAAAUCAUUGGUCAUUAAGAAACACAAAGAGCUGUAUGUAAUCAUAUCACAGCAUGGUCAACUUGACCAUUGAUUUGACCUCAAUGUAGUUGCAAAAUGGCCACUUCGGCAACAGCUAUGGCUAUAUCACGCACUUCUGCCUACUGACUCUUCAACACUGGCAGACGCACUGAUCUAGCCGCAGCUGUAGCCGAAGAAGCCGCUUUGGACACAGCCUUGGUCUUUGGCAAUUACCACAAGUAUACCUUGCAUUCAAAAAGAUGUAAUUAUAAAAAAAUGAAGGUGCAUCUGUGUAUAAAGUAGAGUAGAUUAGGUUUGUGUUGUAGUGUUUACCUUUGGUUGUAUACCACUGUUUUUCUAAAUGUGCUUAAAUGUAUGUAUAAAAUGUAUAUUGGUUUUUGUAUAGUAAUUUAGUGGUAAUUGAACAAAGUGGGGUGGUCACCGAAAUCCUAUCAACUUGACUGUAACAAUAUCUAAGAUGGAUAUAUAUGAGUGUGUUCUUCUCUGGUGGACUGGUUUUGGGAUGUAUAAAUAAUGUUGGCUUGUUAUAUAGUGCUUUUAUUAUAUCCGUCACGCGGUGACGCUCAAGGCGCUUAAACAUACAGUAUUUGGGACCAAGUUUGAAUUAUGCAAUCAACUACCUUUACAUAGCACCAUGCAAUGGUUUACAAGGUGCUGUG